AUGGACGCAGAUACAGCGCGAAAAGAGCUGCACAGUGAACACAGCUACAUAUUUGCCAAUUCUGGGGCCCAAACACGGUCCUAUCACCAGGACCACUCUUCUGUGGGAGGCAUUACAGCUGAAGACAUAGAAAAAGCCAGGGAGGCGAAGCGAAACAGCUCCAAACCACAUAAACAAAUGCUUAGUGAAAGAGCAAGAGAGCGAAAGGUACCAGUCACACGGCUUGGGAGACUAGCGAAUUUUGGAGGUCUUGCUGUGGGUUUGGGUAUUGGAGCUUUGGCAGAAGUGGCAAAAAAAAGCCUAAGAUCAGAGGACAAGAAUGGUGAAAAGAAGUCUGUUUUGGACAGCAGCCCCUUCCUUUCAGAGGCCAACGCGGAGCGUAUCGUCAGGACAUUGUGUAAAGUGCGUGGAGCGGCCCUCAAGCUCGGCCAGAUGCUCAGUAUACAGGAUGAUGCAUUCAUCAACCCACAGCUGGCCAAGAUCUUCGAACGUGUGCGUCAGAGUGCUGACUUCAUGCCCAUCAAACAGAUGAUGAAAGCCUUGAACAAUGACCUGUGCCCAAACUGGAGGGAUAAACUAGAUAUGUUUGAGGAAAGACCCUUUGCUGCUGCCUCUAUUGGUCAGGUCCAUCUGGCCAGGAUGAAAGACGGUCGAGAAGUCGCCAUGAAAAUACAGUACCCUGGAGUCGCACAGAGCAUCAACAGCGAUGUGAAUAACCUGAUGACGGUCCUGAGCAUGAGUAACGCCCUUCCUGAAGGUCUGUUCCCGGAGCAUUUGAUAGAUGUGAUGCGACGUGAGCUGGCGCUGGAGUGUGAUUACAUAAGAGAAGCCAAGUGUGCUCGGAAAUUCAAGGAACUUCUGAAAGAUCAACCCUUCUUCUACGUGCCAGAGGUAAUCGAUGAACUCAGCAGCCAACACGUCCUCACCACCGAAUUGGUGCCUGGAUUUCCCUUGGAUCAGGCUGAUGGACUUUCACAAGAGUUGAAAAAUGAGAUCUGCGAGAACAUCCUGAUGCUGUGUCUGAGGGAGCUGUUCGAGUUCAGAUACAUGCAGACGGAUCCCAACUGGUCCAAUUUCUUUUAUGAUCCACAAACCAACAGGGUUGCUUUGCUGGACUUUGGUGCAACAAGAGGGUUUGAUGAGAGUUUCACUGAUGUUUAUAUUGAGAUCAUCAAGGCUGCAGCAGAUGGUAAUCGAGAAGAAGUGCUGAAGCGAUCCAUAGACAUGAAGUUCUUGACUGGUUAUGAGUCAAAGGCCAUGGAAAAUGCCCAUGUGGACGCUGUGAUGAUCCUGGGUGAGGCUUUUGCCUCCAAGGAGCCAUUUCAUUUCGGGGCGCAGAGCACCACAGAGCGCAUCCACAACCUCAUCCCCGUCAUGCUGAAACAGCGCCUCAUCCCUCCACCAGAAGAAACCUACUCCCUGCACCGCAAAAUGGGCGGCUCCUUCCUCAUCUGCUCCCGCCUGAAUGCUAAGCUAAGUUGCAAAAAUAUGUUUGACAAGGCCUACAGCAAUUACUGGAGCAACAAGAAAAACGGACCAAGCCAGUGACAGAUAGUGCUUGUCAAACAGGAGAAACACGGAUAAGCACAAAAUGCUCUGGCCAAUCACUCGAAUGUAAACAAAUGGCACUUUUGUCUCGACUGACCCAGCCGUACCAUCAUACAUGUUUGUUUUUGGCUUUUGUUUUUCCUUUUGAGUGUUUUAAUGGGAAAUAAUAUCCAUGAUUUAUUCAUGGUCGUGUGGUGCAAAGAUUGCUAUUCAAACGGAUGUAUCUAUGUGCCUACGGAAACUCCUAUUGGUUACUCAUCAGGUGUGGUGAUUGGCUGUAGAACGUUUCAUAACCAAGCCAGUUUUUUCCAGGUUGCUGGACUACAUUUGUGAGGACCGUCUCCCUAAAUCAGUAUAUUAACUCUUUGUUUAUUGUUUGAGAAAGCAUUACAAUGUGUAUUUUUCUUUGGUUUGUGAUUUGUGAAUAUUACGCACAAUAUUGGUCAAAGUAUGAAAAAGGGAAGUCCCUGAAUGAAAAGAUCGGAAGUCAGGGCAGGUUUUGAUGCUACAGUCACAUAUUUGUUAUCAGUGUGUAGGUUGGCUACAAGCUUGCUUGUUUUAGCCUGUUAAAACCACCACAACUACUUUGUCAUAAUGCAUUUUAAAAAGCUAGGAUAUUAAUAAUGAUGGGAUGAGGUAUCACUUCUCUGAUGUGUGAGAUGUACAUGAAUUUAAACGUGCCUACAUGAAGGUAAGAACUUGAAAGCAUUAUGGUUUGAUAUCAGAGCAUUGAUGGAAAUGGCGUUUUUCUAAUGUUCCUGCUAUUGGCUUUCUUACUAAAAAAUUGU